AUGUUGUCAACAGAAAACUAUGAAUUCGAUCCAAGUUAUCGUGGACAGACAGGAACUAGUAUAGGUGUAUCAACUGUUGGUUUUCGUACUAAUAAAUAUAAUCCAAAUGAAUGGCAUGAAAAUAAUUAUGCAAAAUAUUAUCAAGCAUUCAAUGAUCGUGAAGAUUCCGAAAAACAACGAUGGCAAGCAACUCGAACUGAAAAUGAAACACUUGCACUUCAACAUCAAACACAAGCAUUAUCAACAAAAAAAUUACAACAACGAUUACAUGAUGUUAAUUUUUGGAAAUUUGAACUUAAUCGAAUGAUAGAAGAUGUUAGAAAUGAAACUGAUCUACUUGUAGCACAAAAAAAACGUUUAGAAAAUGCAUUAGAUGCUACUGAAGCACCACUUCAUAUAGCUACUGAAUCUUUAGCUAAUCGAGAUCGUCGUUAUGGUGAAGAUCGUGUCUAUGAUCCCGUUGAAAUUGCUCUACUAAAAGAAGUAGAAAUUAUUAAUAACGUACAAAAUCUUUUACGUCAAACCAUUAUGACUGCUGAACAACAAAUUAGAGCUAAUCGUAAUGCUAAACAAAAUCUUGAAAUGGAUUGGAGUAAUAAAUGGGAAGCAUCUGUAGCUGAUGCUAAAGCAACAAAUCGUCGUAAUGAAGAUGUUGAUAUCAUGUUUUAUCCAGGUGUUGCUCGACAUUAUGACAACCAAUCAACACCGGAAUCAUGGGCACAAAAUUCUCAUGAUAAUAUUGUUAACGGUCAAAAUCAACUUAUGGCAUCAAUUCAAUUACGUUCUUUAAUUGAUAGUAUACUUGUUGAUACUUCACGUGAUAUGCGUGAACAAGCUGAUGUUGUUGAAACAGAAUUUGGUAAACGUAUUGCUGAAAUGUCCGAUGCUUUACAAAAAAUGACUUACAAUAUGCGUGAAACAUUAAAAGCUGUUGCUGAAACUGAGAAAAAGAUUGAUAUGCUUCGAGCAUCAAUACGUGCUAAAGAAGCACCACUUAAAGUAGCACAAACUCGUUUGAAUGAUCGACGUGCUCGACCUGGUAUUGAAUCUUGCCAUGAUCCAGCUCAAGAUCAUGUAAUUGGUGAAGUUUAUCAAUUAUCACAAUCAAUUGAUAGUCUUACUGGCGAAUUACGUGAAGCCGAAUCGAAUUUGAAAAAACUUCGUGAUGAUCAUCAAAUACUUGUCAAAGAAAUUGAAAUGAAAAAGAAUAGUCUCUAUAUUGAUCAACAAAAGACAAUGCCAAUUCGUAUGCGUUAUCCAAGUGUACAACGUCUACUUGGUUAUAAUGCAUAA